GCAGGCCGGAUUCACCGAGAAGACCGCGGGCGUGUUGGCCGUUAAACUGGCGGAGAAGGCCCGAAAAGUGGACCUGUCGCUGUCCGCGAAAGAGCAGGCGCAGGUGCUAGGCAAAACGGCCCGAACGCGGGACCGGAUGUUGAUGGCCCAGCUCGAGCGGGACGACUGGCUGGGCUUUGCUUACGCGGUCGAGGCACCCCCGGCAAUCGAUCUGGGCGCAAUCGCCGAGCCUGCGUUCGGCGGGACCGAACACGCGCUUGCGGUUUCGUUCUUCAAGAAGAUGAUGCCGCCCCGGAAGGUCCGUGCCGGCGGCAAAGAGAAGAGUGCACGACGAGAGACAAAGAAGAGCGCACAGAUGACUUCGUCAGUCAAAAGGAUGAGUGGAAUCAAACUGCAGGAGACUACUUCCGGCGGGAAGGACACCAGCAGUUCUGCGGGAGAAGAUGGGGAAGACGCACCGCACGGAGGCAAGAAGAGUGGCAAGGCCACAGCAUCCAAAAAAAGCGGGAAGCAAGGAACUUCCAGCGAAAAUAAGGACACCGCGACCAGUUCUGCGGAAGAAGAUGAGGAACAAGCCCCACGAGCAGGUAAGAAGAGUGCCAAGGCCACCUCAUCCAAAAAAGGCGGAGGCAGAGCAAACAAACAGGCGGCAGCGCUGCCGCCCGGACUGCUCGGCAAGGCGGAGGAGGCGCUGCAGGCCAUCGGGUUUACGCGUCGGCAGGCAGCCGUGCUCGGGCAAAAAAUUGCCGGCACCGCGGAAGACGCGCUCGGGUCCGACGCCUUUUUGCUGACGGAAGACGAGAAGCGUGUUGCGACGGAUGGCUUGAGCGGGGCCACUAUCCAUGACUUGGAGGACUUGGUUGCCGAGCUGGUCCACCAAAAAGCGGAUUUUUUCAAAGAGUACCUUGAAAACGCGGACGGCAACAUCACUUCGGGCCAAGAUAAAUCGGCAGAACCGCUCUCCCUUCUGGCAGACACCGUUUUAGACCCCAACAAAAAGACGAAGGGGAAACCAAAGAAGCGCGCCGGCGCGGCGGCAAAAAAAUAGGAUUAAGUAGCAGAGCCAGAGCGUCAACGUAGUUUAGUACUCCACUACGGAACUAGAAAGUAAGGUGUGCUUCAAAUAGAAACUCGCAUUUUCACCCCCAGGAGGUGUCCUGUCAGCGCCUGGCCAGAAUGAAAAAAAAUAAGUGAGUAGUUACUACCUAGAUUCUCACUUGAUAGGCCACUCAAUCUCGAUACGAAUACUACUUGUAAGAUCGUACUAACACUUCCGUGUAGCAGUACCAGCGGCACUCCUCACCCCUGUAAUUGGAUAGGCAUGGUGUGAGGCUCAAGAUGACGGUUACUGUUGCAUUUGUUUUUCCCUUGCACUCGCUCUUCUCGGGUUGACGACUCACUACAAAAAGUCGAAGCGAUGGAGAUGUUGUAGUGGUAGCCGCGGUUGAUCAAAUCUGAAAGUGCCAAAUUUAAUACCUCAGAGGCAAGGAGAACAAAAGCUGUAUAAUCCCGACCGUUUUUAUUGAUUAGCAAGAAG